AUGAACAACACCAGCAAGCCUCAGUCAUCCCAAUUCCAGUCUCUGGCCCCUGGUGUGUCCCAGCCCCAACAGCCAAGGCAGUUCCCCACCACUGGCCCGAAUCAUCCACCAGAACAUCCCGCCAUGGCUAGGCGUGUCACUGCUGUGGGCGAAACCGUCACGCCGUAUCGAAGGUCUGCCAGCCAGAUCCAUCAAAGAUGGCAGCUAUAUCAGCAGCAGCAACGGGUGAUUCGCCAGCAUGCCACGGUCAUCCAGACCCAGACGGCUUCAGCCACUCAAGCCACACCAGCCCCAGCCUCAGUGCCCCAGGCCCACAACACUGGCUGGGCUCGCACCUUCAACCGCCAUGCGCACUUGGACAAUAGAGGAUCAACCGUCCCCUCUGCUUUGCGUGCCAGGCUUGCCGGGCUACACAUUGUUGUAAUUUUUCGUUUUGAUCGCGAUGGGAACCUUCACGGCUAUUCCUAUGUAUGGGGAGGUGUUGUCUCAGGACAUGGGCUGUUUACAAUCUGA